GAGUGGCAGUUAGGUUGGGACCUAGACUCUACUUGAUUUGUUUACGUUGACAUAUUUUGCUUGUUUGAUGCAAUAUCUAAUACUAUUUAUUAUAUGUAGUAUUAUUGAAUUCGUUGCUUUCUAUUAAGUUAAUACUCUAUAACUAAACUUAAACAAAAGUGAGUUAAAAUGGAUCAAGAUGACUCGACGGGUGCUUCGUUCGAGAUUGUUGAUAAAAAAGCUAUAGAACAAGCUAGCAAUGGGGAUAAAAGUGGAACCUUGAGUAGUGUUUCAUCUCCGUAUUCGAUUACCUCGCCAGGUAGUAUCAGUUUAUCAACAGGCAAUUUGCUGUCCAAUGUGGGACCUCCAUCAUCCAUACCUGACUUUACCUUAUGGACUACUUCACAAAGUAACAUUGCUACGAAUGUUGAAAAUGCGCCCAAUGCAGCAUCCAAUUCAAGCCCUACGGUAGUUACGGCGGCCCCCAUAAUAAUCAAUCAGUUCCCAGCACCACAGUUCAGUGCAGCAAUUCCACCGAGUAAAGGAGUUCCCCAACUACCUAUAGGCCACAGUAAAGUAGCUCAACUUCCAGAAGCAGAAGCCGUAGCGCCCAGUAGUUUUCUCGGAAUGGUCAAAGGCGCCCUUAGCAGCCAAGUUGUAACAAAGAUGGUCGAAAAAGCCAAGCACUCUGUUGACUCAAUUAUUACCACAUUGGAUCCGCAGAUGAGUGAAUAUAUUUAUUCAAGCGGGGACUUAGAGAUUACAGUGGCGUCCGAGGAGGAAGAUAUUGUUGGGGGAGUUAGAGAAGCCGCACAUGCCGUGUUUGGUAAAGCAUGGGUAAAUGGCAUUAAGCUGGGUACAGUACCUCAGAAGUCUCAAGCGAUUGGAAUUGAAUCGGCUUUGAUCCUAGCAGAAGAAAGGAUAGACUAUUCUUUUAAAUUCAGAUUGACUCCAACUGUAGCCAUUGAAAGUGUUUUGUUAAAAGAAGGCCAGGGUUGGUUUGAUGUAUAUUUGUUGGUAUUGAGAGACAAAGAACAUGGAGUGAAUAUUCAUACUUUCUCUCAAGCGAUUCCAGUUCCCGUGGAAAAAUUCAUUGAUAAAGACGUUGCUGAUAUUGACCUGGAGCACAAACUAUCGGAAUAUUUAAAGGCUGUACCCUGUUGGCAAGAGGAAGUAUCUGGACUAACUAGGAAAGAAGUUAUAUGGUUUGCAGCCAAAGUGCUGCUGAAACUGUAUAAGGAUCGUUUACUAAUAAUAAAAACGUAAGUUUUAGUGUCCGGGAACUAUCCAACAAGCUAUCACUGACCAGAUCUAAAGUUACUUACUCUUAUCUAUUAAAGUAUAUAGAGGGUGAUUCAAAAUUGGCGUCAUUCUUUUUAAGGGGUGAUAGAGGCUCUCUUGUAGGGAGUACGAGAAAAAUAUUGAAAUUUUUUUCCCCAAAAUUUCAAGAAGAUGAAAAUCACAUUUCAACUUUGUUAUUAAGCAUUAUUUUGAAAUUGUUCCAUAUUUAACUGGAAGCAUAUUGGAAUACUUGAAGCAUUGCAAAAGAUAAAUUACGAUCUUUGCUUCAAAUUACGAAAAUUUUCAAUAUUAAAGAAGUUCUCUUCUACAAUUUUUGGAUGGAAAGUCAAUGCGGCAAUAAUGUUUUUUGSCAUUAACAGAAAGUUAYAGGUAGACAGCCUUUGCCAAUAAUAAUUUGUCAAACUGUGACUCACUUUGAAUUUCCUGAUAUGCGAUUAGUUCAGGGGAAAUGCUACAGUAACAUAGCAGAAGCUGAAAGAACUCACGCCAACAAAGAGCGAGGAGAGUGGUUCCAGGAAGAUGAUGGACGGCAAUAGAUGUUCGGGUUCCAGACACAGGCCCUGAUUCGACAUAAUCGAAUCACGGCCUUCCAGGGGCACUCAGAGCACAACAACUGACACUUUCUCAAACGCCAAAGAAAUACCGGCUACAUUACAACCACGUUUGUACGAUAAUAGGUUCCGUCAUCCAACGGCUCAUGUUGAAUUUACAGUUUAUCCUUGUCUAUCUUAUUGUCAGUCUGUAUAAUUCCAUGGAACCGGAGUUUUAAAUAAUUAAGAAGCCACAGGUAUUUGCGCAAUGUUAAUUAGGCAGAUUACCUUGAAAAACAUUGCUGCCGUAUUUCUGAGUUUUUUUUGCAAAUUUCUCAGUUUUUAAUAUCAAUUUAUUUUACUAUUUUUCCUGUACUCAGCGGCAAACUACACCUCCAGAGGAAUGUCGCCAAUUUUGAAUCACCCUGUAUACUUAUAUAUGAAAUUACAUUGUAAAUAUAGUUAAUUUUUAAGACUUAACAAGUAGUAUUUAUGAAUCACUUCCUUAUUAAAUGGUAGUAUAUUGAUUUAUUAGUAAUGCCCUUCUCAAAGUAAAACAUAAAAAAUAUGAUUCUAGCAGGUCGCUUUAAGAAUUUCCCCAUUUCAAACACAUAAUUAAUAACAUAAUAACACACGAACUUCAUGACAGAACAUUUUACUAUUGAAAAUAAAAAAUUUCUCAUUUUAAUCAUGCUAAAAGUGAUUCGAAUCAUUAUAAAUUAGGACUUGUACAUUUAAUAAAUUAAUACUAACUCGCUUUAUUUGUUGUUGAACUAUUUCAUUAAAAUAAAAUAUUACUAAAGGA